AUGAGGGUCAUUGAUGAAAAGCCUAUUCCGGCGAUGGCGAUCACAGUCUGCCCAAUGCCGCCUUGGAGCAUUGCCAAAAUGGUUCAAGCUGGGCUGGACACUUCAUGCGGCACGCUGUAUGCAUGUAGCCACACCACUCUCUAUACUCUGCAAGGAUACAUUCAGCCCUCUCAGCCGUUCAUUUGGAAUGAAGUGAAAGCUGAUGUCGAAGAGUUUAUCGAAAAAGUUUCCUGGGCAGGAAAAGUCGCCCACAAGGCUCAAUGGGUAGGAAACAGUCUAGCAUCAAUGCCAUGUUACUCUUGGCUUCCAGAAAAGGAGUUUCACAAUACAGAAGUAGACAUUGCCAGGCUGAACUUCACGGAAAAGUUCGUUCGUGAUUGUCGUAAUUACAAGUUCCUAAGCUGUGAGGACUUUCAACUGGACUGUGGUAUGAAUUGCACAGUGAGACUACAACAGUACCAGAGAGAUGCUGGAGAUCAGAGAUUCUUCAUCAUGGUACAUGCUUCGGAUGAGAAGCCAUUGCCUGGGAUGCUUCAACCUGCUAUAUCUACUUCUUAUAGAAACAAGCUAACACUUUAUGUGGAUUACGAAGACACGAUGCUUCAAAAUACACCGAAGAAGCCUUGUACGUCUCCUUUGUCUCAUUCUAAGUGCUUUCUUAGUUGCUAUCUCCAGAAUUCCGUGACCACUGCAAACUGCAGCAUCGACUUGAAAGCUGAUAAGGUCAUUUGCCCUGACUUGAAUGCAUGGAGAUUGUUACGUGCCAAAGAGAUAGAGGCGCUCAAUGGUAAUCUGAAUUGGUGGCAGAGUUGCAGUCACUGCGACCGGCCAUGUCAGGUGAAAGUUUAUUACGUUUCUGCGGCUGAGGAAAAUGGCGAUUCUCACAUUAACGUGAGGAUGGCAGCGAUGAGGCACAAGCACACAGCGGAAACAAGAGCCUAUACUCUGCCCAACUUCUUGGCCGAUGUAGGAGGGGGAUUUGGUCUGUGGCUGGGCACGUGCGGCUUAUCUAUAACUAUGGCUGCGCUUAAUCUCUUCUGCAGAUACUUAAGACUGCAAAAUCUCGGUUGCUCGGAACAACAAGGGAAGAAGGUCACUGGAGCUGCACUUAAGACAGAGGUCUUAGGUAAGAAAUCAGGGGAUCAGACACAUUUACCAGCACGCCCAGAAACCACAGGCAAAUGUACUAGAUCAUGUAAAGCAAAAUUUCAUAGCUUUAUUUUAGGGCUCUAUCUGUUGUCAGCAAGGAAAUGGACUUCAGUCAUCCUUAAUAUAAUCUUUUGGAUUUGUUUCGUCAUCCAUGCUUAUAGCACAGCCUCUUCUUACUUCAGUUACCCGACAUCAACCAAAAUCUCUUUGCAAAGAAACCCAGAAGAUAAUCCACGCAUAACUGUGUGCAGUAAAAUUCCAUAUUCCCUUUCAAGUAUGGUAGAACUAGGUUUCAACUAUUCAGAAUCAGCUUGUAAAAGGCUGGCAGUGGGAAAGAAUGCCUCAUUAGCACUUAUCUGUGAAAUUGACAAGGUAAUAGACCCAUGGAUUAAAGAAUUUGAUGGCCAGUCACCAGAGACUAUUCUCAGUGAUAUCUGGAACGAGACUAAACUCCCUCUCUCCCUUCUGAUAAAUGAUGAAGACUCACAAUUAAGGGAUAACACCUGGAAACCUUUGAUGACUGACCAAAACGUUUGUUAUCAGUCAACUGAUAUGAUCGCAAGUACGUUAUUGGAAUUUCAGAUUGAGAGUCAGUACAAAAACAUGAAUUGUUCUUACUUGUCUCCAGAUAUGACCUGCAUGUGGGUGAGUUAUCAUGGCACAAAGAUGAGUGCGUCACUAAUGGUUACUUCAACCGACUACAACCCCAUUCUAAUAUUGCCUGAUAGUCCAGAUUUGUGGGCUAUCGAUCCUGGCAAGAAUUGCUACCGCCAUCUUCCAUGUCUGGAAGGUCUCGACAUCGAAUACACUUUUCGCCACUUACUGGACACUCCAGUGGAUCCUUGUUCAUCAGAUCCGGAGUAUAAUCAAAUGGACUGCAUAUAUACCUGCAUGUUGACACAGCUAGCUCGGGAGGAAGGUUGUGUCCCUCCUUACCUCCAAGACAAUUCUUUACCAGAGUGCACCAUACAGGACUUUCGUGAAGGAAAAAUGGCCUUUGAACUUCAAGCCAUGACUGAGGCGAGGGAUAUUUGUCGAGAAAAGUGUCCCACUCAGUGUAAAAGAUCGUUCAUGUCAGUUACACCCUACUUUGUUACGUCAGGGAAACAGGGAAGUAUCACGGUUCGCCAUGACGUGUCACUCCACAAGCGUACGGAGGAAGAACUUGUGUGGCCUUUGAACAGAGCCAUCUGCGAGAUUGGGGGCGCCAUGGGACUCUACUUGGGUCUGUCUUUCACGUCUGUCUUACAGUCCGUGACUAUCCUGGUCAUGACUUUAGCCUCAAUGGCGCUUUCAUUUGGAAGACGAAUUUCGAAGACAACGCGAGCUAAGGAUGGAAUGGCACCUAAACAGAGAGGUGGUGAUUUUUAUAAUCCAAAACCACCACCGAUAAACGUCAUGGUUCCUGAAAAAGCAAUGUAUAUUCCUCCAAAAACAAUUUUCUCCAAGGACGAAGAAGUCUCCAGCUUUCCUUUCAGCGAAAAGGGCGCAUACACUCUUAAUGAUAAAGUUAAACAAAUUAACACUCGACCAAACCUUGAUCAACGCGUCAUUCCGUCAGCUUGGCUUGCGAAUGAGAUGUCUUCAACCCAGAAAACCUCAUUUGCUGCCAGUGAAAAUGGAAAAUGGUGUCGAGAUCACUUUUGGUGGAUGAUGGCAGCCAUCCCUUGCGCUGUCAUAUUCUUUCCAUUAGCAAUUAAUCAGUACCAGGCUUAUUCUGCAUUUCCUGUCUUCACUAGCUACGAAACUCGUUAUUUGGAGGACGUGAUAUUUCCGAGUGUGACCUUCUGCCUGUGGCCGCCCUUCCAUCCGCAUCGUCUGGCUUCGGCAGGAGUGUUCUACAAUUUCUCUCACCACUGCACCAAAUUCUAUGAUUCAGAAGCCACUUUCAAAUACAACUGUGACUGGGAGGCUGUAUUUAAUGAAUUAUUGAAUGAUCUGCCUGGGAACUGGACAGGGGAUCUGCAGACUCUCUGGAAGAAUGUCGCCUGGAAGAAAUCAGAUCUGUUUCGGUCCUUAAACUUCGCCUGGGAGACGUUCGACAUUGCCGAUAGCUCUUAUGACGCGACGGAAAACCAGGAGCAGAAUCCACUGAGAACUGUCGUCACAUCACUGAAUCGUUGCUUCACUUUUACUCCACCUCGGCCUAAAGUGACUCCACAUACAGAGCUCGUCUUGAAGCUUACUUUGGGUACAAUGACUUGCGAGCCUACUAACCUGAAGGCUCAAAUUAUGAAAAGGGUAAGAUGUUACGACCCGACCUAUUACUGGCCCAUGGACGAAAUGUUCGAUCCCAAGUGGGUGGAGGAAUGUUGGUCCUGCUACAUUUAUGAAUUCAAGCUGAAUAUCUUUGUACAUCCACCAAAUCAGAUGCCUCUGUUGGCCGAGGAUGGUAGUUAUCAUCAGGUUGCUCUCACCUCCAAUACCUUCGGAGUUAGGCUGGAAGUGUCUCUAGAUGCCUUCGACCGACUGAGCACUCCGUCUUCGCCCUGCGUCGAUGCCAGAAACAUUCCAGGAGGGACAAGGGAGGACUAUGCUACAUUCCCUAAAUACUUUGCGUCUCCUGGAGAGAUUCUACAGGAUCCUUUGGAAGCUAGAAGACGAUGUGAAGAAUCCUGUCCCGAGUCCUGCACUUUACUGCACUAUUCAACCAACCAGGGCAGCGCCAAGCUCACUGAAGUUAGUAUCGCAUUCCAGAAGCCAAUGUUCACUCAGCUCAUUGUAGAUAUGAGUUUGGCAGCCAAUAAACAUUAUUCCCAGAGAUUCAGAGAAACAAGCAUCCCUAGCGGUGUAACGGAACUUGGGAUCUUUAGAGCUUCACGUCCCCAAAUAUAUCUAAAAGAAGCAAAUGCUGAUAUAAAGAAAUAUUUCUAA